AGCCGCGGUCGCGCGCCUGAGAGCUUCAUCUGUCCAGCGAGAGGCUCCGAACCCGCGCCGAACCAUGACGGACGGAGAGGCCGAAGAUGAGAUCCAGUUCUUGCGGACCGAUGAUGAGGUGGUCCUCCAGUGCUCCACCCUCCUCCAUAAGGAGCAGCAGAAGCUGUGUUUGGCUGCUGAGGGCUUCGGGAACAGACUCUGUUUCCUCGAGUCCACGUCCAACUCAAAGAAUGUUCCCCCGGAUCUGUCCAUCUGCACGUUUGUGCUGGAGCAGUCGCUGUCGGUGCGAGCCCUGCAGGAGAUGCUGGCCAACACUGAGGAGCGAGCCGAAGGGCUCAUAGACAUGGAGAAAUGGAAAUUCAUGAUGAAGACGGCACAGGGCGGAGGUCACCGGACGCUGCUCUACGGUCACGCGGUCUUACUGAGACACUCCUACAGUGGGAUGUAUCUGUGCUGUCUGUCUACGGCUCGCUCGUCCACUGACAAACUGGCUUUUGAUGUGGGGCUUCAGGAAGACACAACAGGUGAGGCGUGUUGGUGGACCAUCCACCCGGCAUCCAAACAGAGGUCAGAGGGCGAGAAGGUGCGCGUGGGGGACGACCUCAUCCUGGUCAGCGUGUCGUCUGAACGUUACCUGCACUUGUCGUACGGGAACGGUAGUUUACACGUGGAUGCGGCUUUCCAGCAAACACUGUGGAGCGUCGCGCCCAUCUGCUCCGGCAGUGAAGUGGCUCAGGGCUUCAUGAUUGGUGGAGAUGUUCUGCGGCUGCUGCAUGGUCACAUGGACGAGUGUUUGACCGUCCCGUCAGGAGAACAUGGAGAAGAACAGCGCAGGACGGUGCAUUACGAGGGUGGAGCCGUGUCCAUCCACGCCCGAUCCCUGUGGAGGCUGGAGACGCUGCGGGUCGCGUGGAGCGGCAGUCACGUCCGCUGGGGUCAGCCGUUUCGCUUGCGUCACGUGACCACCGGGAAAUAUCUCAGCAUGAUGGAGGAUCAAGGGCUCCUGCUGAUGGACAAGGAGAAAGCGGACAUCAAAUCCACGGCGUUCUGCUUCCGUUCCUCAAAGGAGAAGCUGGACUUUGGCCUGAGGAAGGAGGUGGAUGGCAUGGGCGUCCCAGACAUUAAAUACGGAGACUCGGUUUGCUACAUCCAGCACGUGGACGCCGGGCUCUGGCUCACGUACCAGUCUGUGGAUGCCAAGUGUGCCCGCAUGGGCGGCGUCCAGAGGAAGGCCAUCAUGCAUCAUGAGGGUCACAUGGAUGACGGAUUGACGCUCUCGCGAUCACAACACGAGGAGUCGCGCACCGCUAGGGUCAUACGCAGCACAGUUUUCCUGUUCAACCGCUUCAUCAGGGGUUUGGACACUCUGAGUAAGAGGGGAAACUCCUCGGCGCUGGAUCUGCCCAUCGAGUCAGUCAGUCUGAGUCUCCAGGAUCUGAUCGGAUACUUUCAUCCGCCCGACGAGCACCUGGAGCACGAGGACAAGCAGAACCGGCUCCGGGCCCUCAAGAGCCGACAGAACCUGUUCCAGGAGGAGGGAAUGAUCAACCUGGUGCUGGAGUGUAUCGAUCGCUUGCAUGUCUACAGCAGUGCGGCUCAUUUCGCAGAUGUUGCUGGUAAAGAAGCCGGAGAAUCCUGGAAGUCCAUCCUGAACUCCCUCUACGAGCUGCUCGCCGCUCUGAUCAGAGGAAACAGGAAGAAUUGUGCCCAGUUCUCCAGCUCUCUGGAUUGGCUGAUCAGUCGUCUGGAGCGGUUGGAAGCGUCAUCAGGGAUUCUGGAGGUUCUGCACUGUGUUCUGGUGGAGAGUCCAGAAGCGCUGAACAUCAUUAAAGAGGGACACAUCAAAUCCAUCAUCUCACUGCUGGACAAGCAUGGACGCAACCACAAGGUUCUGGAUGUCCUGUGUUCUCUGUGCGUGUGUCACGGGGUGGCGGUCCGCUCCAAUCAGCACCUGAUCUGUGAUAAUCUGCUGCCCGGCCGAGACCUGCUGCUCCAGACCCGUCUCGUCAACCACGUCAGCAGCAUGAGGCCCAAUAUCUUCCUGGGUGUGAGUGAAGGCUCCGCCCAGUACAGGAAGUGGUAUUAUGAGCUCAUCGUGGACCAGGUGCAGGCGUUCGUGACGGGCGAGCCCACGCACCUGCGGGUGGGCUGGGCCUCGACUCAGGGAUACGGGCCGUACCCGGGCGGAGGAGAGGGAUGGGGCGGCAACGGCGUCGGCGACGACCUCUACUCGUACAGCUUUGACGGCCUUCACCUGUGGGCAGGUUGCGUGGCGCGUUCGGUCAGCUCACCCAAUCAGCACCUGCUUCGGGCCGAGGACGUGGUCAGCUGCUGCCUGGACCUCAGCGCUCCCAGCAUCUCCUUCCGGAUCAACGGCCAGCCGGUCCAGGGCAUGUUCGAGAACUUCAACUCCGACGGACUCUUCUUCCCCGUCGUGUCCUUCUCCGCUGGAGUCAAAGUGCGCUUCCUGUUGGGCGGUCGUCAUGGCGAGUUCAAGUUCCUGCCUCCAUCCGGUUACGCUCCGUGUUUCGAGGCAGUUUUACCGCGAGAGAAGCUGAGAGUGGAGAACAGUCAGGAGUAUAAACAUGAUCACGGGAGAACACGAGACCUCCUCGGGCCCACGGUCACACUCUCACAGGCGGCCUUCACCCCCACACCUGUGGACACCAGUCAGAUCGUGCUGCCGCCACAUCUGGAGCGGAUCCGAGAGAAACUGGCAGAAAACAUCCAUGAGCUGUGGGUGAUGAACAAGAUCGACCUCGGCUGGACCUACGGAGCGGUGAGAGACGAUAAUAAACGGCAGCAUCCGUGUCUGGUUGAGUUCUCCAGACUUCCUGAACAGGAGCGCAGCUAUAACCUGCAGAUGUCACAGGAGACGCUCAAGACUCUUCUUGCGCUCGGCUGUCAUGUCGGCGUGGCUGAUGAACGAGCGGCAGAGAACGUCAAAAAUCUCAAGCUUCCAGCCAAGUACGAGCUCUCCUGCGGGUAUAAACCGGCCCCGAUGGACCUGAGCCACAUCAAACUGGCCUCGACCCAGGAGGCCAUGGUGGACAAACUGGCAGAGAACGCUCACAACGUGUGGGCCAGAGACCGCAUCCGGCAGGGCUGGACGUACGGCAUACAGCAGGACAUCAAGAGCCGGAGGAACCCUCGCCUCGUUCCCUACGUUCUUCUGGACGAGAGGACCAAGAAAUCAAACAAGGACAGUCUUCGGGAAGCUGUGCGGACACUGCUGGGAUACGGAUACAACCUGGAGGCUCCGGAUCAGGACCACGCUGGUCGAGCAGACGAGGGUCUUCUGUCUGCCGAGCGCUUCCGGAUCUUCCGGGCCGAGAAGUCGUACAGCGUGAGUGUGGGCCGCUGGUACUUCGAGCUGGAGGUGGUGACGGCGGGCGAGAUGCGGGUGGGAUGGGCCCGGCCCGGGUGUUUGCCGGACCAGGAGCUCGGAUCGGACGAGCAGGCCUUCGUCUUCGACGGGUUCAAGGCCCAGCGCUGGCACCAGGGCAACGAGCACUUCGGCCGCUCCUGGGCGUCUGGAGACGUGGUCGGGUGUAUGGUGGACAUGAACGAGCGAACCAUCAUGUUCACGCUCAACGGAGAAGUGCUGCUCGACGACUCCGGAUCAGAACUCGCCUUCAAGGAUUUUGAAGUGUGGGACGGUUUCAUCCCGGUCUGCAGUCUGGGCGUCUGUCAGGUGGGCCGGAUGAACUUCGGGAAGGACGUGAGCACGCUGAAGUACUUCACCAUAUGUGGCCUGCAGGAGGGCUACGAACCCUUCGCCGUCAACAUGAACCGAGACCUGACCAUGUGGAUCAGCAAACGACUGCCUCAGUUCAUCCCCGUGCCGCUCAACCACGAGCACAUAGAGGUCACGAGGAUCGACGGGACGGUGGAGAGCCCGCCGUGCCUAAAGGUCACCCAGAGGUCGUUCGGCUCACAGAACAGUAACACAGACAUCAUGUUCUACCGGCUCAGCAUGCCCAUCGAGUGCUCGGAGGCGUUCGCGCGCUCGCCCGGCGGGACGCUAUCGACUAACGGCAGCUUCUUCUCCCCCAAGAGAGAUCUGGAGGAUUUCGAGACGGUGUCGGACUUUGAGGUCCUGAUGAAGACGCCACACACUCACGUGAGCUCGAACGGGCCCGACAGAGAUCGAGACGAAUUCAACAACCACAAAGAUCACAAUCAGGAGAAGCCUUCCAAAAUCAAACAGAGGUUCAUGUUGAAAAGAACGAAGCCCGACAUGAACAGCAGUAACUCCAGCACUCGUCUCUCAGAGGAGGUUUUGGCUGAUGAGAGAGACGAGUGUGAGAAUCUCAUACAAACAUCAACGUAUUACUACUCGGUGCGGAUCUUCCCGGGCCAGGAGCCGUCCAGUGUGUGGGUCGGCUGGGUGACCUCAGACUUUCAUCAGUAUGAUCCGGCCUUCGACCUCAACAAGGUCCGAACGGUCACCGUUACCCUGGGAGACGAGAAGGGCAAAGUUCAUGAGAGCAUCAAGCGCAGUAACUGCUACAUGGUGUGGGGGGGCGAGUGCUCCAGUCCCAGUCAGGGCCGCAGUAACAGCGGGCUGGAGAUCGGCUGUCUGGUGGACUCUGCGAACGGCCUGCUCACCUUCACCUCCAACGGCAAAGAGCUCAGCACUUACUAUCAGGUGGAGCCCAGCACUAAACUCUUCCCUGCAGUGUUUGCACAGGCAACCAGUCCAAACGUCUUCCAGUUCGAGCUGGGACGCAUCAAGAGUGUCAUGCCGCUCUCUGCUGGGCUGUUUAAAAGCGAACGGAAGAAUGUGGUUCCUCAGUGUCCGCCGCGGCUGCAUGUGCAGUUCCUCACGCCUGUGUUGUGGAGCCGUGUGCCCAAUCAGUUCCUGAGGUCAGAGGUCACCAGGGUCAACGAGAGACUGGGCUGGAUGGUGCAGAGUUCAGAACCGCUGCAGUUCAUGACCCUCCAUAUACCUGAGGAGAACAGGUCUGUGGAUAUCCUGGAGCUGACGGAGCAGCUCGACCUGCUGCAGUUCCACUUCCACACGCUCCGCCUGUACUCGGCCAUCUGCGCGCUGGGGAACAACCGCGUGGCUCACGCUCUGUGCAGUCACGCUGACGAGGCGCAGCUCCUCUACGCCAUCCAGAACAAGUACAUGCCCGGCCUCCUGCGCACCGGAUACUACGACCUGCUCAUCGACAUCCACCUGAGCAGCUACGCCACCGCGCGCCUCAUGAUGAACUCCGAGUACAUCGUGCCCAUGACGGCGGAGACCAAGAGCAUCACGCUGUUCCCCGACGAGAAGAAGAAGCACGGGCUGCCGGGCAUCGGCCUGAGCACGUCUCUGCAGCCGCGCAUGCGCUUCUCCUCGCCCAGCUUCGUGUGCCCGCUGGGCUCCAGCUCCCUGUGCUUCCAGUUCAGCCCCGAGUUCCCGCUGGAGACGCUGAAGAGCCGCACGAUGGAGAUGCUGACGGAGGCGGUGCGCGAGGGGAGUCUUCACGUGCGCGACCCCGUGGGCGGCAGCACUGAGUUCCUGUUCGUCCCGCUCAUCAAGCUCUUCUACACACUCCUCAUCAUGGGCAUCUUCCACAACGGAGACCUGAAGACCAUCCUGCAGCUGAUCGAGCCCAGCGUGUUCUCGCAGGACCAAGGGGGCGGGGCUAAGGAUGCGGGGGGGCGGGGCCGGCUGGAAGGGGGCGGAGCCGAGGAGCACGGCCUGAGAGGAAAGAUGCCCAAGGAAGGACUUCUGCAGAUGAAGCUUCCUGAACCCGUCAAACUCCAGAUGUGUCACCUGCUCCAGUACCUGUGCGACUGUCAGGUGCGUCACCGCGUCGAGGCUGUGGUCGCCUUCUCCGACGACUUCGUGGCCAAUCUUCAGGAGAACCAGCGCUUCCGCUAUAAUGAAGUGAUGCAGGCGCUGAACAUGUCGGCCGCUCUCACGGCGCGCAAGACCAAAGAGUUUCGCUCGCCCCCGCAGGAGCAGAUCAACAUGCUGCUGAAUUUCAAGCAUGAGAAGCAGGACUGCCCGUGUCCCGAGGACAUCCGUGAGCAGCUGCUGGACUUCCACGAGGACCUCAUGACACACUGCGGCAUUGAGAUGGAUGAUGAUAAACCCGGAGACGGAGACAGUGAUUUCACCAUCAGGGGUCGUCUGAUGUCUCUGGUGGAGAAGGUCAAAUACCUGAAGAAGAAAAUGACUGAAACGCCAAAGAAGAAGAAAGCAAAGAAACCCAGCACUCUUCAGCAGCUGAUCUCGGAGACCAUGGUCCGCUGGGCGCAGGAGUCGGUGAUCGAGGACCCGGAGCUGGUGCGGGCCAUGUUCGUGCUCCUCCACCGGCAGUACGACGGCAUCGGGGGUCAGGUGCGGGCGCUGCCCAAGACCUACACCAUCAACGCCGUCUCCGUGGAGGACACCAUCAGCCUGCUGGCGUCGCUGGGCCAGAUCCGCUCGCUGCUCAGCGUCAGGAUGGGCCGCGAGGAGGAGAAGCUCAUGAUCCACGGCCUCAGUGACAUCAUGAAUAACAAGGUGUUUUACCAGCACCCGAACCUGAUGCGCGCGCUGGGGAUGCACGAGACCGUGAUGGAGGUGAUGGUGAACGUCCUGGGCGGAGGAGAGUCCAAGGAGAUCACCUUUCCUAAGAUGGUGGCGAACUGCUGCCGCUUCCUGUGCUACUUCUGUCGGAUCAGCCGUCAGAACCAGAAGGCCAUGUUCGAUCACCUCAGCUAUCUUCUGGAGAACAGCAGCGUGGGUCUGGCGUCUCCGUCGAUGAGAGGAUCCACUCCUCUAGAUGUGGCCGCCGCCUCAGUGAUGGAUAAUAAUGAACUGGCUCUGGCGCUGAGGGAACCUGACCUCGAGAAGGUGGUCCAGUAUCUGGCCGGCUGUGGUCUUCAGAGCUGUGUAAUGCUGAUAUCGAAAGGUUAUCCUGACAUCGGCUGGAACCCGGUGGAGGGCGAACGAUACCUGGACUUCCUCAGAUUCGCAGUCUUCUGUAACGGUGAGAGCGUGGAGGAGAACGCCAAUGUGGUCGUGCGGCUCCUGAUUCGCCGGCCGGAGUGUUUUGGCCCCGCCCUGCGAGGAGAAGGCGGGAACGGGCUUCUGGCGGCCAUGGAGGAGGCCAUCAAGAUCUCAGAAGAUCCCGGUCGAGACGGGCCUUCGCCCACCACAGAGGACAGCAGAACCCUUAAUGAUGUGAUGGAGGAAGAGGAAGACGACACCAUUCACAUGGGGAACGCCAUCAUGACCUUCUACGCUGCUCUGAUCGACCUGUUGGGCCGCUGCGCGCCGGAGAUGCAUCUGAUCCACGCCGGGAAGGGAGAGGCCAUCCGUAUCCGAGCCAUCCUGCGCUCCCUCAUUCCCAUUGAGGAUCUGGUGGGGGUGAUCAGCAUCCCGUUCCUCAUGCCCACGCUGGCUAAAGACGGUACCGUGAUCGAGCCGGACAUGUCAGCUGGGUUCUGUCCUGAUCACAAAGCGGCCAUGGUGUUGUUCCUGGACCGGGUUUACGGCAUCGAGGACCAGAACUUCCUCCUGCACCUGCUGGAAGUGGGUUUCCUUCCUGACCUCAGAGCCGCCGCCUCAUUGGACACGGCGGCCCUGAGUGCCACAGACAUGGCUCUGGCCCUGAACCGGUACCUGUGCACCGCAGUGCUGCCACUGCUCACUAAAUGCGCUCCUCUGUUCGCGGGGACGGAGCCGUUCGCGUCUCUCAUCGACUCGCUGCUGCACACCGUCUACAGGCUGUCUAAAGGCUGCUGUCUCACCAAAGCGCAGAGAGACGCCAUCGAGGAGUGCCUGCUGGCCGUGUGCGGGAAGCUGCGUCCGUCGAUGAUGCAGCACCUGCUGCGGCGGCUGGUGUUCGACGUCCCCGUGCUCAACGAACACACCAAGAUGCCUCUGAAGCUCCUGACCAAUCACUACGAGCGCUGCUGGAAGUACUACUGUCUGGCGGGCGGCUGGGGGAGCUUCGGCGCCGCGUCCGACGAGGAGCUGCAUCUCUCCAGGAAGCUCUUCUGGGGGAUCUUUGACGCUCUGGCCAGAAAGAAGUAUGACGUGGAGUUGUUCAAGCUGGCGCUGCCGUGUCUGAGCGCAGUGGCCGGAGCUUUACCUCCUGAUUACAUGGAGUCAAACUACGUGGCCAUGAUGGAGAAACAGUCGUCUAUGGACGCCGAGGGAAACUUCAACCCGCAGCCGGCCGACACCAGCAGUGUUGUUGUUCCUGAGAAGCUGGAUCAUUUCAUCAAUAAAUACGCAGAAUAUUCCCAUGAGAAGUGGUCCAUGGAGAAGUUCGCCGGCGGCUGGGUUCACGGAGAGCAGAUUUGCGAGUCGUCUAAAGUUCAUCCUCUGCUGAAGCCGUACAAGUGUCUGUCUGAGAAGGAUAAGGAGGUUUACCGCUGGCCGAUCCGAGAGAGUCUGAAGACCAUGCUGUCGUGGAGCUGGAGCAUCGAGAGGACGAGAGAGAGCGAGGUGUCCACGCUACACAGCCGCACGCGCAGGAUCUCUCUCUCCAGCCAGCGCUCCAUAGAGGGCGCUCAUGGUUUCAGUCCUCGGCCUGUAGACAUGAGCAAUGUGACGCUGUCCAGAGACCUGCACUCGAUGGCGGAGCUGCUGGCCGAGAACUAUCACAACAUCUGGGCUCAGAAGAAAAAGCUGGAGCUGGAAGCCAAAGGAGGUGGAAGUCAUCCAUUACUGGUUCCUUACGACACUCUCACCGCCAAAGAGAAAUCCAGAGACCGGGAGAAAGCACAAGACAUCCUCAAGUUCUUCCAGAUCAACGGAUACAGUGUCUCCAGGGCGAUGAAAGAGCAGGAUCUGGACACUCCGGCCAUAGAGAAGCGCUUCGCGUACACCUUCCUGCUGCAGCUGAUCUCGUGCGUGGACGAGGCUCACACACACAUGCUGGAGUUCGAUGCUGGAGUUCGGCCGAAAGCAGAGAGAAUCCCUCACGAGCAGCAGGUCAAGUUCUUCAGCAAGGUCGUGCUUCCGCUGGUGGAUCAAUACUUCAAAAACCACCGGCUCUACUUCCUGUCCACGGCUGUUCGCCCAAUCAGCAGCGGCGGCCACGCCUCCAACAAAGAGAAGGAGAUGGUGACCAGCCUGUUCUGCAAACUGGGCGUUCUGGUGCGGCACCGGAUCUCGUUGUUUGGGAAUGACGCCUCUUCCAUCGUGAACUGCCUUCACAUACUGGGACAAACGCUGGACGCCAGGACGGUGAUGAAAACCGGUCAGGACUCUGUCAAGGCGGCUCUGAGGGCGUUUUUCGAGAACGCAUCGGAAGAUUUGGAGAAAACCCUGGAGAACCUGCGGCAGGGUCAGUUCACACACACGCGGUCGCAACCCAAGGGCGUCACACAGAUCAUCAACUACACGACAGUGGCGCUGCUGCCGGUGCUGUCCUCGCUGUUCGAGCACAUCGCACAGAACAUGUUCGGAGAGGAUCUCAUCCUGGAUGAUGUCCAGGUGUCCUGCUAUCGGAUAUUGAACAGUUUGUACUCGCUUGGAACCAGUAAAAGUAUUUAUGUCGAGAGCCGAGCGCUGGGCCUCCCGGCGCAGGUGGAGGAGGUGUGUGUGCUGGUGCCGUGUCUGGAGCGAGCGCUGCAGGAGAUCAUGGAGCUGGCCGAGUCGGGUCUGCGCUACACACACAUGCCUCACGUGAUGGAGGUGCUGCUGCCCAUGCUGUGCAGUUACAUGUCACACUGGUGGGAACACGGGCCGGAGAGCGAGCCGGAGCGCCCCGAGAGCCGCUGCACGUCCCUCACCUCGGAGCACAUGAACACACUCCUGGGCAACAUCCUGAAGAUCAUCUACAACAACCUGGGCAUCGAGGAGGGAGCCUGGAUGAAGAGACUCGCAGUGUUCUCCCAGCCCAUCAUCGGGAAGGCCCGUUCUCACCUCCUGAAGACACACUUCCUGCCGCUGAUGCAGAAGCUGCGCUUGAAGGCGCUGACGGUCCUGCAGGACGAGGAGCAGAUGAAGGCCGAGGCGCGCGGAGAGAUGUCCGAGUCCGAGCUGCUCAUCCUGGACGAGUUCACGGUCCUCGUGCGGGACCUGUACGCCUUCUACCCGCUGCUCAUACGCUUCGUCGACUACAACAGAGCCAAGUGGCUGAAGGAGCCGAACACUGAGGCCGAGGAGUUAUUCCGCAUGGUGGCCGAAGUCUUUAUAUUCUGGGCGAAAUCACACAACUUUAAACGAGAAGAGCAAAACUUUGUGGUUCAGAAUGAAAUCAACAACAUGUCCUUCCUCAUAACUGAUACCAAAUCCAAAAUGUCCAAGGGCGGCGUGACGGACCAGGAGAGGAAGAAGAUGAAGAAGCGAGGAGAUCGAUAUUCCCUGCAGACGUCUCUGAUCGUGGCGGCUCUCAAGCGCUUGCUUCCGGUGGGACUGAACAUCUGUGCGCCGGGAGACCAGGAGCUCAUCGCCCUCGCCAAGAGCCGCUUCACACAGAAAGACACGGAGGACGAGGUCCGAGAGAUCAUACGAAACAAUCUCCACCUGCAGGGAAAGCUGGAGGAUCCUGCGAUCCGUUGGCAGAUGGCGCUGUAUAAGGACAUGCCGAACCGCAGUGAGGACUCGUCCGACCCCGAGAAGACUGUGGAUCGAGUGCUGAACAUCGCACACGUGCUCUUCCACCUCGACCAGGUGGAACACCCUCAGCGCAGUAAGAAGGCCGUGUGGCACAAGCUUCUGUCCAAGCAGAGGAAGAGAGCCGUCGGCUGUUUCCGGAUGGCUCCUCUUUAUAACCUGCCCAGGCACCGAGCCGUAAACCUGUUCCUCCAGGGCUACGAGAAGUCCUGGAUCGAGACGGAGGAACACUACUUCGAGGAUAAGCUGAUCGAGGACUUGGCCAAACCAGGCGGAGAGGAGCCGUCAGAGGAGGAUGAGAUGAUCAGACACAUCGACCCGUUGCACCAGCUCAUCCAGCUCUUCAGCAGAACCGCGCUGACCGAGAAAUGUAAACUAGAGGAGGACCAUCUCUACAUGGCCUACGCUGACAUCAUGGCCAAGAGCUGCCAUGAUGAAGAGGAAGAGGAUGAGGAGGAGGUCAAGAGUUUUGAGGAGAAGGAGAUGGAGAAGCAGAAGCUGCUGUACCAGCAGGCCAGACUCCACGACCGCGGCGCCGCAGAGAUGGUUCUGCAGACCAUCAGCGCCAGCAAAGGAGAGAUGGGGCCGAUGGUGGCCUCCACGCUCAAGCUGGGAAUCGCCGUACUCAACGGGGGAAACUCCACCGUUCAGCAGAAAAUGCUGGACUACCUGAAAGACAAGCGAGACGUUGGGUUCUUCCAGAGUCUGGCGGGACUCAUGCAGUCAUGCAGUGUUCUGGAUCUGAACGCGUUUGAGAGGCAGAAUAAAGCGGAAGGGCUCGGCAUGGUGACGGAGGAAGGAUCAGUCAUCACUCAUGAGCGUGGUGAGAAGGUCAUGCAAGACGACGAGUUCACCUGUGACCUGUUCCGCUUCCUCCAGCUGCUAUGUGAGGGACACAACUCAGAUUUUCAGAACUACCUGCGGACGCAGACGGGUAACAACACAACGGUCAACAUCAUCAUAUCUACGGUGGAUUACCUGCUCCGAGUCCAGGAGUCCAUCAGUGAUUUCUACUGGUUCUAUUCUGGGAAAGACGUCAUCGAUGAACAGGGCCAACGGAAUUUCUCCAAAGCAAUCAAUGUAGCCAAACAAGUCUUCAACACUCUCACAGAGUACAUUCAGGGCCCCUGCACAGGGAAUCAGCAGAGUCUCGCUCACAGUCGCCUGUGGGACGCGGUUGUUGGUUUCCUGCACGUGUUUGCACAUAUGCAGAUGAAGCUGUCUCAGGAUUCAAGCCAGAUUGAGCUGUUGAAGGAGCUCAUGGAUCUUCAGAAGGAUAUGGUGGUGAUGCUCUUGUCCAUGUUGGAGGGAAAUGUUGUGAAUGGCACCAUUGGAAAGCAGAUGGUGGACAUGUUGGUGGAGUCCUCGAAUAACGUGGAGAUGAUUCUGAAGUUCUUUGACAUGUUCCUCAAACUGAAAGAUCUGACGUCGUCGGAUGCCUUCAAAGAGUACGACCCCGAUGGCAAAGGCGUCAUCUCCAAGAGGGAUUUCCACAAGGCCAUGGAGAGCCAUAAACAUUACACCCAAUCCGAGACCGAGUUCCUGCUCUCCUGUGCGGAAACGGAUGAGAACGAGCUCUUGGACUAUGAAGAGUUCGUGGAACGCUUCCACGAGCCGGCGAAGGACAUCGGCUUCAACGUCGCCGUUCUCUUAACCAAUCUCUCCGAGCACAUGCCUCACGAUUCCCGCCUCCAGACCUUCCUAGAGCUGGCCGAGAGCGUGCUGAACUAUUUCCAGCCGUACCUGGGCCGAAUCGAGAUCAUGGGCAGCGCUAAGCGCAUCGAACGCGUGUACUUCGAGAUUAGCGAGUCCAGUCGCACCCAGUGGGAGAAGCCUCAGGUCAAGGAGUCCAAACGCCAGUUCAUCUUCGACGUGGUGAACGAAGGUGGUGAGAAGGAGAAAAUGGAGCUCUUCGUGAAUUUCUGCGAAGACACGAUCUUCGAGAUGCAGUUAGCGGCGCAGAUGUCCGACGCCGCCGAGCGCUUGGCCAGCAAAGAGGACAGCGAGAGAGAGAAACCCGAGGAGGAGAGUCCCGAGAUGGGCUUCUUCUCCGUCACCACCGUGCGCACGGCUCUCUUCGCUCUGCGGUACAACGUGAUGCUCCUGAUGAAGGUGCUGUCCAUGAAGAGCCUGAAGAAGCAGGUGAAGAAAGCCAAGAAGAUGACGGUGAAGGACAUGGUGACCACGCUAGUGUCCUUCUAUUGGAGGGUUCUGCUGGGUCUGCUGCACUUCGCCUUCAGCGUCGCUCGAGGAUUCUUCAGGAUCACGUAUAACAGUUUCCUCGGAGGGAGUCUGGUGGAGAACGCCAAGACCAUGAAGGUGUCGGAGCUCCUGGCCAACAUGCCCGACCCGACUCAAGACGACGUGAGGGGCGAGAUGGAGGAGGCCGAGAAGAAGCACGUCGAGAAAUCCUCACCCGAGGAAGACCUGUCCGAUCUGACCGCGGCCACAGCCGACACCGACGUCCUCUCCGAUAUAUUCGGGCUCGAUCUGAAGAGAGAGGGAGGCCAGUAUAAACUCAUGCCCCACAAUCCAAACGCCAGCAUCACGGAUCUGCUCAACACGCCCGUCCCACAGCCACACACACCCUCGCCUGAGCUCCGCAGACGACUCCAGACAAAGGGCUCUUCAUCCUCAACUGACAACAAUGAAGUUGUGGAGGAGACCAAAUCAGUGCCUGAGAAAGCCGAAAGGGAAAACGGUGAGAAAGCCCAGAAGAAGAAGGACGAGGCGGUGAAGCGUAAGGUGAGACUGCACUACUCCAGAGCAGACGAGCCGGAUCUGCAGGAGUCCGCCUUCUGGAAGAAGAUCAUCGCUUACCAACGCAAGCUGCUGAACUAUUUUGCACGAAAUUUCUACAACAUGAGAAUGUUGGCUUUGUUUGUGGCCUUUGCAAUCAACUUCAUUCUGCUGUUUUACAAGGUGUCCACGUCGUCGGCCCUGAGCGAGGGGAAGGAGGUGUUGUUCGGCGGGUCCUCGGACACCAGCGUGCGGUGGAACCCCCUGGACGGCUCCGGCUCUCGGCCCGUCGCUGUGCACUUCGUGCUGGAGGAGAGCAGCGGGUACAUGGAGCCCACCCUGCGCAUCCUAGCCGUCCUGCACACCGUCAUCUCCUUCUUCUGCAUCAUCGGCUACUACUGCUUAAAGGUUCCUCUGGUGAUCUUCAAGCGGGAGAAGGAGGUGGCCAGAAAGCUGGAGUUUGACGGCCUCUACAUCACUGAACAGCCUUCAGAAGACGAUAUUAAAGGCCAGUGGGACCGGCUGGUCAUCAACACACAGUCCUUCCCAAACAAUUACUGGGAUAAAUUUGUAAAGCGGAAAGUGAUGGAUAAGUAUGGAGAGUUUUAUGGACAUGAUCGGAUCAGUGAACUGCUCGGGAUGGAUAAAGCCGCGCUGGACUUCAGUGACGCUCACGGGAAAAAGAAACCAAAGAGAGACAGUUCACUGGCUGCAGUGCUGAACUCCAUCGAUGUGAAGUAUCAGAUCUGGAAGUUGGGUGUGGUCUUCACAGAUAACUCGUUCCUGUAUCUGGCCUGGUACAUGAGCAUGUCUAUCCUCGGUCACUAUAAUAACUUCUUCUUCGCUGCUCAUCUGCUGGACAUCGCCAUGGGCUUCAAGACCCUCAGGACCAUCCUCUCCUCCGUCACACACAACGGCAAACAGCUGGUCCUGACUGUCGGUCUGCUGGCGGUUGUGGUGUAUCUCUACACUGUAGUGGCUUUCAACUUCUUCCGUAAGUUCUACAAUAAGAGUGAAGAUGGAGAAUCGCCAGACAUGAAGUGUGACGACAUGCUAACGUGCUACAUGUUCCACAUGUAUGUGGGCGUUCGUGCCGGCGGAGGAAUCGGGGAUCAGAUCGAAGACCCGGCCGGAGACGAGUACGAGAUCUAUCGCAUCAUCUUCGACAUCACCUUCUUCUUCUUCGUCAUCGUCAUCCUCCUGGCCAUCAUUCAGGGCCUGAUCAUCGAUGCGUUCGGCGAGCUGAGGGACCAGCAGGAGCAGGUGAAGGAGGACAUGGAGACCAAGUGCUUCAUCUGUGGGAUUGGAAACGAUUACUUCGACACGGUUCCUCACGGCUUCGAGACACACACUCUGCAGGAACACAAUCUGGCCAACUACCUAUUUUUCUUCAUGUAUCUCAUCAACAAGGAUGAAACCGAGCACACAGGCCAGGAGUCGUAUGUUUGGAAAAUGUACCAGGAGCGUUGCUGGGAAUUCUUUCCCGCUGGUGACUGUUUCCGGAAACAAUACGAGGACCAGCUCAAUUAAACACACACACACACACACACACACGGAUGGCUCUCUUCAGUGGCGCUUCUUUUGACUCGCAGUGAAUAUUUGAAGUUUACAGCUGCACCUGAAGAUCCACGCUUUCCUGCCAUCCGACGCUUCUUCAUUUCAUUAACGAACUCAUAGACUAAUAGAAGAGGAGGAAGAGGAAGAGCGAGCGCUGCACGUUUCUAUUGACGGAUCCGGUGCCUUAUGCAAGAUGAAGAAGAGACUCCCUCAGCAGACUUACUCUUUAUAUAGAACAAUAUCCUUCAGAACAAUCUUUCAUUGCAUGUUUAUUAUGCAAGUUUAAGGAAACAUUUGAAACGUAAAGAUGCAAGCUGAUCUAUAUCACAGUUUUAUAGGUUUAAGAACAUUUAAGGUGUCUCUGUCCUUUCACAAUAUUAUAUCACAGACUUUCCUGUCGUUCGCCACGAAUACGUCCAAUUCGCAUUCGCACUAGAUUUAGUUUGACGCAGAAGCAAUACCCAUUCAGGGAGUCCACCCUACACACUAAACCCUACACACCACACCCUACACACUAUACACUACACACUAAACCCUACACACCACACCCU